AUGCAGGCCCCCAGUCGGUGGUGUCGCUGGGCCAGUCUGCCCUGCCCCAGCAUGCGGGAGGCGGCCUUCAUGUACAGCACAGCAGUGGCCGUCUUCCUGGUCAUCCUGGUGGCUGCACUGCAGGGCUCGGCUCCCCCUGAGAGCCCCUUCCUCUACCACAUCCCCCUGGACCCCGAGGAGUCCCUGGAGCUCUCAUGGAAUGUCAGCUACCCCCAGGAGGCCAUCUUCUUCCAGCUCCUGGUGAAGCAGCUCAAGGCUGGAGUCCUGUUUGGGAUGUCCGACCGUGGCGAGCUUGAGAACGCAGACCUCGUGGUGCUCUGGACCGAUGGGGACACUGCUUAUUUUGCGGACGCCUGGAGUGACCAGAAGGGGCAGAUCCACCUGGAUCCCCAGCAGGACUACCAGCUGCUGCAGGUGGAGAGGACGCCAGAAGGCCUGGCCCUGCUUUUCAAGAGGCCCUUUGGCACCUGCGACCCCAAGGAUUACCUCAUUGAGGACGGCACAGUCCACUUGGUCUACGGGAUCCUGGAGGAGCCAUUCCUGUCACUGGAGGCCAUCAACAGCUCAGGCCUGCGGACGGGGCUACAGAGGGUGCAGCUCCUGAAGCCCAAUAUCACCUUCCCGGCCACGCCCUCAGACACGUACGCCAUGGAUAUCCACGCUCCCGAUAUCCAGAUCCCCAACCAGGUGACCACGUACUGGUGCUACAUCCACGAGCUUCCCGAGGGCUUCCCUCGGCACCACAUUGUCAAGUACGAGCCCAUCAUCACCAAGGGCAACGAGGCCCUCGUGCACCACAUGGAAAUCUUCCAGUGCGCCCCCGAGAUGGACAACGUCCCCCACUUCAACGGGCCCUGUGACUCCAAGAUGAAACCUGACCGCCUCAACUACUGCCGCCACGUGCUGGCUGCCUGGGCCCUGGGUGCCAAGGCAUUUUACUACCCGGAGGAAGCCGGCAUUGCCUUCGGGGGCCCUGGGUCCUCCAGAUACGUCCGCCUGGAAGUUCACUACCACAACCCGCUGGUGAUAGAAGGACGGCGCGACUCCUCAGGCAUCCGCUUGUACUACACAGACAAGCUGCGGCGCUUCAAUGCGGGGAUCAUGGAGCUGGGACUGGUGUACACGCCAGUGAUGGCUAUUCCGCCGCGGGAGACUGCCUUCGUCCUCACUGGCUACUGCACAGACAAGUGUACCCAGUUGGCACUGCCUCCCUCCGGGAUCCACAUCUUCGCCUCUCAGCUCCACACACACCUGACUGGGAGAAAGGUGGUCACGGUGCUGGCCCGGGACGGCCGGGAGUGGGAGAUCGUGAAUCAGGACAAUCACUAUAGCCCUCACUUCCAGGAGAUCCGCAUGUUGAAGAAGAUGGUGUCGGUCCAUCGGGGAGAUGUGCUCAUCACGUCCUGCACGUACAACACGGAAGACCGGGAGCUGGCCACAGUGGGCGGCUUUGGGAUCCUGGAGGAGAUGUGUGUCAACUAUGUGCACUACUACCCCCAGACGCAGCUGGAGCUCUGCAAGAGUGCUGUGAACGCUGGCUUCCUGCAGAAGUACUUCCACCUUAUCAACAGGUUCAACAAUGAGGAGGUCUGCACCUGCCCUCAGGCGUCCGUGUCUCAGCAGUUCGCCUCUGUUCCCUGGAACUCCUUCAACCGCGAAGUACUGAAGGCCCUGUACGCCUUCGCGCCCAUCUCCAUGCACUGCAACAAGUCCUCAGCUGUCCGCUUCCCGGGUGAAUGGAACCUGCAGCCCCUGCCCAAGGUCAUCUCCACGCUGGAAGAACCCACCCCACAUUGCCCCACCAGCCAGGGCCGAAGCCCUGCCGGCCCCACCAUUAUCAGCAUUGGUGGGGGCAAAGGCUGA